GGGGGUUGCUCCCUCCAUUUCUCUUGUGGGCUCUAGACCCUCCGUGCCUCCCUGCGCACCCUCCCCUGUUGCUUGUCCUUCGUUCUUCCACUCCACCCUCCUUAUUCCAUCUUGAUUCUUAAACUGUCUCUCAGACAACCUCUCUCAACCUUUCGACCUCUGGACGAAUCCCAUUUCUUUUGCUGCACCUGUUUCUUUAACCAACACAACUCGUUGCAUUGGCAACUUGCACUCGUUUACCCAUCCCAUACAUAAUAAUCGCCAAAACACGCCCAUUUUACCCGCUUCCUUCUCCUUCCCACCUUGUACCCAUUCGCGUCGUUAACCAUGGGUGGAGAUCACCACUAUCGUUCUCUCUCGACCAGCGACGAGGCCGUGCCGCUCGCUGAAAAGGAGCAAGUCUAUGUCAAGCCAUCUGGCUGGGGAAAGCAAUCUAUACUCCUUUCGAUCGCCACAGGCACUUUAUUCAUUGCCGUCAUCGUUGCCGUUCUUUCCACCGUUGGCUCCGCCAUUGUCUCGCACAGCGGCUCAUCCUCCUCCGCUGCAGCUACCACCGCCGCCCCUGCGCCCACCAACACCGCUGCUGCCCUCGCGAGCGACCCUGAUGCCGAUAUUCUCACCCCAGCCAAUAUCCAAGACUGCGGGUAUUCUGCGAAAGAAGCACGGGAAAAGGGAUGCGUGUUUGAUGUCAUGAUGCAACUCUGGACACCAAAGGACUGCUUUGAUGGCGUUCUAUCCGACCGGUUCCUCGAGGUGGGCAACUGGACCUGGUGGGCUGAUCCUGACGCUUCCCGAGCUUUCACCCUUGAGGAGAUGAGAAAGGGUGAACACGAUGCUGUGUACGUCGCACAAGACUACCACAUCACCCAUUGCAUCUACGCCUGGGAGAAGUUGGUCCGCGCCAUGAGGAACCAGGAACCGUUGAUUAUGGAGUUGAUUUCCUAUGAUCACGUCAUUCACUGUCGACACAAGACCCUCCAAAGAGCCGAUCACGGCGCUUCGAUCCGUGGUGUCAGAGCCCCAACAGGUUACACCAAGUGCGCUAACUACGACACCUGGAAGUACAACCUCCCUGCCAACGAGCACUCGUCAGUCGACAAAUAAUAAACUCGAGAAAACACUUUUUUUUUCUGCUUAUAUAUGUCGAUAUAUUGUGCUCUUUUGAAUCGAAUUUAAGCAACUUGUCAUCAGCGUCUGGAAAGUUACCUCGUCUCAAAGCCAGUUCGUGCAUGUGACUUGCUCGGACAGAGCGGUUUUCGUACACCAGCAAACACAGCAGUAUCUGUGCCAAGCCGUGGCUUCUGGCUGGCUCAUCAACCUCGGAAAUGGGGCUGAACGAGACUUUCUCUUCGGGAAUACUGACUGGUAUUCCAUUUUGUGCCAGAGAGGAAGUGAGGAAAGAGAAGAGAAGGGGAGUCUUGACUUGACGCGCUGAUGCUGUGAUGACUGCAAUGGGGUUUCCAAGAGGUUUAGUUGGGUGACGGUGUUUCAUUGCGAUCGGUGUCUGGGUUUGGAGGGCCGGGGGAUAUUUUCUGAUCUUGUCAUUUUGAUAAAAAGAAGAUUUGAAUCAGAAUCUAUCAUAACCAAACCAAAUCAACAUUCAUUUCACGACCACUGAUAUUGAGACCAAAGUUUCCAGGAGCGUCUAUGUUUUGCUGUCUUCGUAUGUCGCCACAUGAAUCAUGGAUCAGAUGCAUCCUUCACUGGAUAUGAGAAUCCCAGAAAUUGCCAAAUAGAUCCUUUCCAGUCUAUUCGAGGACCAACUUCACGCCUAUCACGCAAGGUCCAAUAUCCAAGUACUCUCCGACCCACUCAUCUUUCCUGUGAUACCCAAUCCAGCCAUGCCUCUAGCAAGAGCCUCGCUGCUCGAUCCUCCGACCCAAAUGUUCUCACUUCGAUCCAACCCUUCCUGUAUAUCCCAAGAUUCAGAUCCAACACUGUAAAGAAUUCUACCAUGAAGAUACUUUUCUCGCAUGCCUCUCUCAAACCCUUUCUCAUACCAUAUUCCACCCCCAUUGGAAAUACCCGUGUCCCCGCCUCCUACGCUUGGUGUGCUCGAGUUUGUUGCCAACACACCGACGAUCACACGUCCAACAUCUUCCGGCCGAUCAGGUGGGAGCUGGACAGACAUGCGGCCUCCUGACUGGGCAACAGCUCUCGGCACCAUGAUGUUGGUUGCCACAGCAUUGAUUCUAACCCCAUCACGUUCCGGGUCCGGGUCGACGGUGGUCCGUAAACUUCGUACCAGUCCAAGAAUUGAAUGUUGGGUCACUUGAUAGAUGGGAAGAAGCGGCAUUUCCUUGAAAGCGGCGAUACUCGUCACGAAGGUCAGACUUCGAUCGUCCUUUCCCUCGUCUGAGGACGACGGAGGUGGGGCAGUGUAGAAGGGGUUGACCGGCUUCUUGCGGGCCUUUCCCUUUGGAGAGUAUUUGAGAUAUGCUAGAGCGAUGCGGGCGAAGCGCACACUAGCAAUUAACACGUCUCCGAGAUUAGCCGGCUCUGUUUCAACUUCACUAUAAGCCAUGCGAGGAGUUUUGUUGAUGCCCGUUCGAUCCUCGAACCAUCCCCUUUCUCCUUCUCCGACCGUGCAUGCAUGUCCUCCAUCGUCGCCAACGUUGAAGAUGGCAUGGUCGACACGGCCAUACAUGGUCACAGCAAGUUUGAACAGUUCGAGCAUAUCACCAUACCUCGUCAUAUCCACCUUGUUGAAGUGGACCACAUGUGGAGGACCCAAUGAGCUGAUGAAUUUGCGAGCCUGAUCAGCGUUGGUAUCACCAAAGAUGACUCGACAUCCGGCGGAGUGGAGUUGACGAACGACAGAUUGUCCGAUCUGCGAGGCACCGUUGGUUAUGACAAUGACCUUUCCAUGAAAUGCCUCCUGUGGAAGGGGCGGAGGGGUAAAGCGACAAGGGUUGGGAGCAAGGAGAGGAGCCGAAGUCGAAAGGGAUUUUUUGGGUCGGGUUGAAGUGAAGGGAUUUACUGGCGCCGGUCCAGGAGUAGGUGACUUGGUUGAUGUUGGGGAAGAGACCGACGAAGAACCGUUGGGUUCUUUUGCUGU